AAGACAAAAAACAAAUAAACAAACAAAAAAUUCAAAGUGUGGAGAUGUGUCUUUUGGAAAACCUUAGAUCUAAAGAUGUAAAGUAGAGGCUUUACCAUUGUGAUUACGUGCUGUUUCAAGUAGCACGUUUCUUAACUAUUUUUGGUAAACAUAGAUGUGUCCAGUUCCUUUUGUAAUGAUAAUUCUCACUGUUUUCACAAUGAGGACCGCCUCUCCCUUUUUAAAAAACAAUUUUCUCCCUCACAUUAUCCAUAUUAUCCAAUACAUCCCUUAAGCAAACUGCAUUCACUAUGUAAGAAUUUGUUUUUCCAUUUUUAUUUGAAAAGAUCUAUUAAAGGGGACACAAUUUUAAAAGCUAAGACAAACUAAUGAUAAAUGGCACCCAAAUAACACUAAAUUUGUUUAAUAACAAAUUAUGAUAUUUUGGAAGCUUGUGCAGCACACUAUCAUCAGAAAGAACUGGAGAUGACUUCUAGUUCCUCCACUUGUUUUCCAUGUCACUUAAACAUCCUGAGACUUAUUUUUCUUUUUUAAUACGUGGAGUAGUAGUUUCAAUAUCAUCCAGUGUUUGUAAGGAUAUGAAUGAGACACUAGAAGUAAAUGACCUGGCACACAAUGCCUUCUUGGUGCAGUGUUCACUCAGUAAGUGUUAUUUUUCUCCUUUGAGAGAAUGUAAAAGCUAGAAAAUGUUUCUGAAUAAAAAAAUAGCUCACCAAUGGAAAUUCCUGACUAAAUCCCUGGGGAUGGGAGACCUCUCUAGACUGAAAGACAACAGUAUGGUACUAGAGUCUCCAGUGCCAUCCAGGAUUAAUGGCACCCAUCAUGAGAAGGGAGUGGCGGGGCAGAGCAUCACUGCAUGGGGUCGGGUGUGCCCUGCAGAGACACGCUGCUGUCUUAACCUAUCAGUCUUUCAAAGACCCCAAAAGAGCAAGGCUGUCUUAGUCUAUUUGAAGUGUGCUGAGGAGCUAGACAUAGGCGUGGCCAAGAUAGCACAGGGUCUAGGUGAAUCUUUUGUUUAUGGAGUGUCCAAGGGAAUCAGAACUAACCAGACAUGUGGUUGUACUUCCAAAAGUUAUUAGGUUUGUGCCUGACUGGUAUGCUAUUCUGACAAAGGAAGGAAGCUCCUGCUGAAUUAAUAUUUUUUUCUGUCUAUUUUGGAGAGGAAACUCAUGCUUUCCUUUCCCACAUCCUUACCAAAAUGACUCUGUUCACCAUAAACAUGUUGUACUAAAAUGAUGAUUCAAAAGCAAGAUGUAUUUCCUUCCUUUUGCUAAAGACUUGAUUGAUUAUCUAAGGGCAGAUCUUUAAGGACAGCUAAAACAUCAUUUUCCCCCCAAACCAAAGCUUUAAAAAUGCAGUAAAUUAUUUGAGAAAACUAUUUACAAUCUUUUUUUUUGUUUUUUAUGCACAGACCAAAACCGCCAACCCCAAAGAUUUUUUUUUCCAGUGUACAAACUCUGCUUUGAGAAUAAGUUGGGCACUUCUGGAAGAUAUUUUAGCUUUAUCAGGCCAGUAAAAGGCCAUCUAGGGAAAAAAAAAUAAACACUACACUGAUUAGUGUUUAAGUAUUAAAGUCAAUUUAUAUUUAUUUGUUCAACACACACUGACAACCUAAAAAAUCACCUUCCAUUACAUUCUCUAGAAAUACAAGUUUUUCAUAUCUAUGUAUUGGUUGUUAUCAUCCAAUAAAGAGCAGUCAUUGGAAGAAGCAUAAUAUCAUUUCACACAUAGUAUUUUUCUGAUCUCCCUUUUGCUUUAUUCCUGUGUUUCCUUAAAAAAAAAGAUAUACAAACUGUUGAUUUUUGAGAUGUAGGACUAUCCUGGAAUUCCUUUGUUGAGAGGAAAUUUUUCUUGAUUUUAUUUGGUCAUUAAGAAUAUUGAGAAUUCUCUGAAAAUCAACUAUUGACUGUUAAAUCUCUUGACUAUGGAUAUUGGUACUUUAGAGUGUUAUGUUGUCUCCAGAUUGGUCAGUCUGCCUGACUAUGCUAUUCUAAUCUGUGAAAUACUUGGUUUGAGUUCUUCCUAUUUAUAAUAAAAAAUAUUUCUUUGGCAAAUUUUAUGAUUUCUGUCUUAUUUCUUCUACUACAAAAGCCUAGCUUUCUCACCCUAAACAAACUGGAGUGAAAGAGUGAAAUUUUUGAAGUAUUUUAACUAAAGCCUCUGCCUCCUUGUUGAUAAUGAUUUCUGAUAAUCAUUAUGCUUUUAAUGAGUUUUGCCUGCAUGGAUGUGGACUGCCUGCCUAUCUACCAGUGAGUUGAGAUCAGCCUCAAUUUUCAGAGAAAGUAAGAGUGAAGGUGAUAUCCACAUGAAAAGUAAUUCUUUUUUAGGUUUUGCAAUGGAACGGAUAUGGUUGCUGUUGUUUCUAACAAUUAGAGUGCUUCCAGGAUCUGCUCAGUUCAAUGGCUACAACUGUGACGCCAACCUCCACAGUAGAUUUCCUGCGGAAAGAGACAUCAAUGUCUACUGUGGGGUGCAGGCCAUUACAAUGAAGAUUAAUUUUUGCACAGUACUUUUCUCCGGUUAUUCUGAAACAGACCUGGCACUGAACGGAAGGCAUGGGGAUUCCCACUGCAGGGGGUUCAUCAAUAAUAACACCUUUCCUGCAGUGGUCAUUUUCAUCAUCAAUCUCAGCACCUUGGAAGGCUGUGGAAACAAUUUAGUGGUAUCCACAAUUCCUGGAGUCAGUGCUUAUGGAAAUGCAACUUCAGUACAAAUAGGAAAUAUUUCAGGAUAUAUUGAUACUCCAGACCCACCUACGAUCAUCAGCUAUCUACCUGGGCUUCUUUACAAAUUUAGUUGUAGUUAUCCAUUGGAAUACCUGGUUAAUAAUACCCAGCUUGCUUCGUCCUCAGCUGCUAUUUCUGUGAGGGAGAACAAUGGUACAUUUGUCAGCACUUUGAAUCUGCUCCUUUAUAAUGAUUCAACCUACAGUCAGCAGCUAAUUAUCCCAAGUAUAGGAUUACCUUUGAAAACCAAAGUAUUUGCAGCUGUACAAGCAACUAAUCUGGAUGGCAGAUGGAAUGUCUUAAUGGAUUAUUGCUACACCACCCCUUCAGGAAACCCAAAUGAUGAUAUUCGAUAUGACCUCUUCCUUAGCUGUGACAAAGAUCCUCAGACCACCGUCAUUGAAAACGGCAGAAGCCAGCGGGGCCGCUUUUCCUUUGAAGUGUUCCGAUUUGUGAAACACAAGAAUCAGAAAAUGUCCACCGUUUUCCUGCACUGUGUUACCAAGCUCUGCAGAGCUGAUGACUGCCCCUUCCUUAUGCCAAUUUGUGGCCACAGAGAAAGGCGGGAUUCCAGGAGAAGGGCCACUUGGAGCCCCCAGAGCACUUCUGGAAACGCCGUCCUCUCGGCGGGUCCCAUCAUUACUCGGAGUGAUGAGACUCCAACCAACAAUUCACAGCUUGGUUCUCCAAAUGAACCUCCUUUCCAGUUAAAUGCUGUCACCAGUGCACUGAUAUCAGGAAUGGUCAUUCUGGGAGUCAUGAGCUUUUCGCUUCUCACGUGCUCACUGGUCCUUCUGCACAGGAAGGUGCCCACCAGCUUGGCGUUGAAUGGGGUACAAAACCCAGUCUUUGACUGACUGUAACAGGUCCCUGCUCUCUGGAGAAAGCUUCACUGACUCCGCUGUGUGACUGUGGUCAGUGCUCUGUCUACAUUGAAUGCCAGUCAGCAUUUUAUAUUUGUAGGUUUGAUAGAUUUCACAGUGUAGCUUGUCAGCAUGACAAUAGUGAAAGAAUUCUGAUAAUAUUGCUCUUGUCACAUAUCUGCGGUCAGCCCGAUUUGGAUGGCACCUAUGGGUACACUGACAAUAAGCUAACAAUAUUCAGGACUUAGAUCUUACAGGAUCAGUUAUGAUUUCAUUUUAUUUCAUUUUCCUUUUGACGAUUAGUUUUAGAGAUAAAAGGUAGCCAUAGAAAAAAAUUAAUUUGUUGCAUUUUACCUGCUAAGCAUUAAAACCCAUUGCGAUGGCAUUUAGAUUUGCAUGUGUGGUCCUGAUAUGAAAGUUGCUUUUAGUUUAAUUCCAGAUAAUUGCAGCUUGGAGCUAUGGUUUAAUUGGACUGGCCAAUUUGGACACCUGAGAUUUAAUUUCUGAUUCUAUGACCUUCUGUGUUUUGGACUGAUUUCCAUGUCUGAUGACAUUCAUUUAACAACAACAACAACAAAAAGCAAAACCAAAAAACCCAAGUAAGCUCUUGGGAAAUGUAUAGUGUAUCCUAACCCGGAGGAGCACCCAUUUGUGUGGCACACUGUAAAAAUACUCAGUAAACUCCAAAGGAUACUAAGUGACCCCAGAUCAUUAUUCAUUUGAUAGAAGUGGCUGUGAUUAGUUUUCUCCUUCUGGCUCAAGUGAGAACAUCAGCACAUGUUCACUCUGCUCUGAGGUAAACCAGUCAGCUGCUGUUGCAGCUGUGUUUCCAGUAGUGUAAAAACUGCAAAGAUUAUUCUUAAUUCAAGAACCAUUAUGUGAGAAAACAAACAGUGUUUGUGGGAAGACAUUAUCCCUACACACAAGCAUAAUGUUCCUAUGUAGCUUUUUUUUUUUUUUUAGCAACCUAAGUUCCUGACCCCACCCCCGUCACUCCCAGAACAAAGGUGGAACAGGCUAAAUGUGUUUUGCAGAACUUUGCUGGAGUCCCCAUGAAAAAAAAAAUAAAAAAUGUUGCUUUUCUUUCAGAUUUCUGAUGCAAAGUAUAUAGUCUGAAGGUCUAAUUUUUCAGGUGUUUUCUUGAAGGUGUCAUGAUUGCCAUGGGAUAAACAGUAUUUUCCUCUAACAGUAAACUGCAAGAAACAUUUAUUCUUUAUCAGUUUUGAAAAAAAAUUAAAAAGCUAAUGUUUAAGCAGCCUAUAUUCUUACAAAAAAAUCAACUUUCCCUUUUUCACUCUAUCCACACAAUGGAACAGAUAAAACAAUUCAAUGACAAACACCAGAACUUAGCAUGUGCAGCUACUAGAAGUGCUAUUUUUAACUAUAAAAACUGCUAUACAGACUAAUUUCUAUUCAACAUUUGUGACCUAGUAUUCUGGGCUUAAUUUUACUAUACUACAUGCAAAUCACUCUGCGAUUUUAGAUUUGUUUCAAAUGAAGUGCCUAUGCUCUGAUGUUAAUAAUUAAAUCAAUCAUCAAAUCAAAAAACACCUUUUCUCCAAUUUGGCUGAAUAGUUCAGAAGAAACUAUUUGUAUUACAAUAAUUAGCUAUAUAAUUGCUUCGGCUUUCUCUUUUAAGCUAUACACACAAUCAGAAGGAAAUCAGAUCUGAAAAAUCUCUGGAUAACACCUUUACCGUAACAAGGUCUAACACGCAGAAAGCCAGUCUAGGAGUUCCUGUCAUGGCUCAGUGGAAACAAACCUGAGUAGUAUUCAUUAGGAUGGGGAUUU